GGAGCCCCGGCGGCAGAGGCGCCUGCUGCUGGUUAUCGUGUGCGUGGCGCUGUUACUGGACAACAUGCUGUACAUGGUCAUCGUGCCCAUCGUGCCCGACUACAUCGCCCACAUGCGCGGGGGCGGAGAGGGCCCCACCCGGACCCCUGAGGUGUGGGAUCCCACCCUGCCGCUGCCCACUCCGGCCAAUGACAGCGCCUACGCGGCCAACACCUCGGCGUCCCCGACGGCUGCGCGGCCAGCGGGCUCAGCCCUUCGACCCCGCUACCCUACGGAGAGCGAAGACGUGAAGAUCGGGGUGCUGUUUGCUUCCAAGGCCAUCCUGCAGCUGCUAGUGAACCCCUUGAGCGGGCCCUUCAUCGACCGCAUGAGCUACGACGUGCCGCUGCUCAUCGGCCUGGGCGUCAUGUUCGCCUCUACGGUCAUGUUCGCCUUCGCCGAGGACUACGCCACGCUGUUCGCCGCGCGCAGCCUGCAGGGCCUAGGCUCAGCCUUCGCCGACACGUCUGGCAUAGCCAUGAUCGCCGACAAGUACCCGGAGGAGCCGGAGCGCAGUCGUGCACUGGGCGUGGCUCUGGCCUUCAUUAGCUUCGGAAGCCUGGUGGCCCCGCCCUUCGGGGGCAUCCUCUACGAGUUCGCCGGCAAGCGCGUGCCCUUCUUGGUGCUAGCUGCCGUGUCGUUCUUUGACGCAUUGUUGCUGCUGGCGGUGGCCAAACCCUUCUCGGCAGCUGCACGGGCUCGGGCCAACCUGCCAGUGGGCACUCCCAUCCACCGCCUCAUGCUGGACCCCUACAUUGCCGUGGUGGCCGGUGCGCUCACCACCUGUAAUAUUCCCCUCGCCUUCCUAGAGCCCACCAUUGCCACGUGGAUGAAGCAUACGAUGGCGGCUUCCGAGUGGGAGAUGGGCAUGGCCUGGCUGCCGGCCUUCGUGCCUCAUGUGCUGGGCGUCUACCUCACUGUGCGCCUGGCGGCGCGCUACCCACACCUGCAGUGGCUGUACGGCGCGCUAGGGCUGGCUGUGAUCGGCGCCAGCUCGUGCAUCGUGCCCGCCUGCCGCUCCUUCGCGCCGCUAGUGGUCUCGCUCUGCGGCCUCUGUUUUGGCAUAGCCCUAGUCGACACAGCACUGCUGCCCACGCUCGCCUUCUUGGUGGACGUGCGCCACGUCUCAGUGUAUGGCAGCGUCUAUGCCAUCGCCGACAUCUCCUAUUCUGUGGCCUACGCGCUCGGGCCCAUAGUGGCGGGCCACAUUGUGCACUCGCUGGGCUUUGAGCAGCUCAGCCUUGGCAUGGGUCUGGCCAACCUGCUCUAUGCUCCCGUUUUGCUGCUGCUCCGCAACGUGGGUCUCCUGACGCGCUCCCGGUCCGAGCGCGAUGUGCUGCUUGAUGAGCCACCGCAAGGUCUGUACGAUGCGGUGCGACUGCGUGAGCGUCCUGUGUCUGGCCAGGACGGCGAGCCUCGCAGCCCGCCUGGCCCUUUUGACGAGUGCGAGGACGACUACAAUUACUGCUACACCCGCAGCUAGCAUCCCCACUCCUCCUCCAGCCCACCCACCCGCCUUGGGUCAAGGCGGCUGCUCUGCAAGCCCACGGGCCAGCUCUGGCUCAGGGUCCACCUCCUCCAGCCAGUACCCCAACCCCUCCUCAACCUUGACUUCUGCCCGAAUCCCCUCCCUGUGACCCAUUCCAUAUCCCUUUCUCUCUUGUCCAGUGGGGCUUGGAGCACCGAGGCAAGCGAAGCCAUCGCGCUCCUUGCAGAGGUGAUGAGGACCCCGAGUCCCCAUCUGCGGCUCCCCUGUGUAGACCCUGCAUCUGUCUGUCCUUCCUUCCAUUGCUCUCAGUGCCAAACUUGGGCCGCUGCACCGCGGUGCCUCCGCCCAAAUCAAUAAACCGUGUCUGUCCCAGGA